AUGCCAGAACCACUUCGCACCGUAGUGGUUGUUGGAGCCACAGGCAAUCAAGGCGUUGGCGUAGUUCGCGCACUAUUGACCUCAGAGACAGCAGAUGGGAAUCCGUGGUUCGUCCGCGCCUUGACACGGGACCCCAAUUCGGCGAAAGCAAAGCAAUUCCUCGCCGAUAAUCAGACGGCUGACAGUCGUCUUGCCCUUGUUGCCGGUCAUGUAUAUGACAAGAGCUCUCUCCAAGAUGUUUUUACCGGCGCCUAUGGCGUCUUUGGUCUGACGUCCGAAUCUUACCCUGGCAGAGCCCUGGAGAGAGAAGAAGAGAUGCAACAUGAGAUUGAAGCAGGACGAAACAUAGUCUUGGCAGCCAAGGGAUGUGGAAUCAAGCAUUUCGUCUUUAGCAGCUUGCCUGAUAUGGUCAAGACAACAAGAGGACAGUUUCCAAAAAUCCACCAUAUGAACAACAAGCAUGUGAUAGAGCAGAUUGCGAGAGAAGAGCUUGGAGGAUUUACUUUUAUUAUUCCAGGGUUCUUUUACACAAAUUUAAAACGGCCUCAAUAUUGUCAACGGAGAGUGGAUGGAGUUGUUCGCUUCUGUACUCCAAUUCCAGGUCAUCAAGCCGCGCAAUGGACCGACCCAACCCAUGAUGUUGGCAUAUUUGCUGCAAAAAUAUUCGACAUGGGACUUGAGAAGACCCACGGACAGACGUAUCUUGCGAUGAGCCCUCCAAUCACGGCCGAAGAGAUGGCCAAGGCCUUUACGCGAGUCACAGGCCAGCCCGCAAUUCAUGAACCGAUUUCUGCUGAAGCAUUCGCAGAGUUCGCAGUUCCCUUUGUCGGGCCAGGAUUCAAGGAGGAUGCCAAGCAGAUGAUGGAAUGGGCUGCUGUGAUGCCAGGUGAUAAAAUCUGUUAUGGGGCUAUGGAUGCGGAUCAGGACGAUUCUUUCGAGAUGCUGGGCUUGAAAGCUAGCUCUUUUGAGGAUUGGCUUCAUCGAAGUGGGUGGACGGGACCUGUCUGA